CGUAUGUGCUGAGCUCUCACUAUGAACGCUAUUGUUGCCCUCUGCCAUUUUUGUGAGCUCCACGGUCCUCGCACCCUCUUUUGUACUGAGGUUCUACAUUCACCGCUUCCCCAAGGCGCGAGCAGCGGGGACAUCUCUGGGCAGAAUGAGCAGGCAGAGGAGGAAGAAGGUGGCAUUCAGAUGAGCAGUCGGAUCCGCUCGCACAGCCCCGCAGAAGGUGCCAGCGCCGACUCCAGCAGCCCAGGGCCAAAGAAGUCAGACAUGUGUGAGGGUUGCCGCUCUCUUGCAGGAGGACAUCCUGGAUAUGUCAGCCACGACAAAGAAACAUCAAUCAAGUACGUCAGUCACCAACACCCAAACCAUCCCCAGCUGUUCAGCAUCGUGCGCCAGGCCUGUGUUCGCAGUCUGAGCUGUGAGGUAACUGCUUUGGAGUACAGGGAGAAAACCUGUUCAUGGCCUUACGCCUACUUUGGUGUACGUGUCCCUCCCCUUCAGGUCUGCCCAGGACGUGAAGGGCCUAUUUUUUUCGGAGAUGAGCAGCAUGGUUUUGUGUUCAGCCACACCUUCUUUAUCAAAGACAGCCUGGCUCGAGGUUUUCAGCGCUGGUACAGCAUCAUCACUAUCAUGAUGGACCGGAUUUACCUCAUUAACUCCUGGCCUUUCUUGUUGGGAAAAAUCAGAGGCAUCAUUGAUGAGCUUCAGGGCAAAGCACUUAAGGUGUUCGAAGCAGAGCAGUACGGGUGCCCUCAGCGUGCCCAGAGGAUGAACACGGCCUUCACUCCCUUCCUGCACCAGCGGAAUGGCAAUGCAGCCCGCUCCUUAACGUCACUGACCAACGAUGAAAACCUGUGGGCAUGUUUGCAUACCUCCUUUGCUUGGCUUUUGAAAGCUUGUGGCAGCCGACUUACAGAGAAGCUUCUGGAGGGAGCACCAACAGAAGACACCCUCGUUCAGAUGGAAAAACUUGCAGACCUGAAAGAAGAGUCAGAAGGCUGGGAUGGAUCCGAAGAAGAGAAGCCUUCUUCCCAGCCAGAUGUUGUGGAAGGGCAGGAGCUGUCUAAAUGCUCACCUGAAACAUCUCUGAUGCCAGAUUGCAACAGCUGGAAUGUAGCUCACAGAAGGUUGUCUGUCUUUCGCUCUCUCAGGCACAUGAGACAGGUUCUUGGGGCAUCAGCAUUCCGCAUGCUGGCUUGGCAUGUCCUGAUGGGGAACCAGGUCAUCUGGAAAGCUCGAGACAUGGAUCUUGUCCAGUCUGCUUUUGAUGUGCUACGGACCAUGCUGCCUGUUGGUUGUGUGCGGAUCAUCCCCUACAGUGACCAGUAUGAAGAGGCAUAUCGGUGUAACUUCCUAGGGCUUAGCCCACAUGUCCAAAUCCCAUCCCACAUACUAUCAUCUGAGUUUGCGGUCCUUGUGGAAGUUCGCACUGCUACCCGAUCCAGUCUCUACCCGACUCUGUUUGAUGAUGAGCAGUCCCUCAACAAGUACGAGUUUGUUGUCACCAGUGGUAGCCCUGUUGCAGCAGAUCGAGUUGGCCCUACAAUCUUGAACAAGAUCGAAGCUGCCCUGACCAACCAGAACCUUUCUGUAGAUGUUGUGGAUCAGUGCCUUGUCUGCCUGAAGGAGGAGUGGAUGAAUAAAGUGAAGGUCCUCUUUAAAUUCACUAAAGUGGACAGCAGACCCAAGGAGGAUACCCAAAAACUGCUGAGCAUUCUGGGAGCUGCAGAGGAGGACAACGUCAAGCUUCUCAAGUUCUGGAUGACUGGCCUGAGCAAGACGUACAAGUCCCACCUGAUGUCAACAGUUCGCAGCCCAACGUCCUCAGAGUCCCGGAACUAAACGGUGCCCAACCUCAUUUGCUGCCUUCAGAUAAUUGCAGGGAACACCAAGUUACCGCUGCUGAGCCUGCAGCAUGUGCAUUAGGUGGAUAGUGAAACUUCAUCACUAUUCUUGUGGUCCUCAAACUAACUUGAAGAGUGACUUGAGUCUUUCCUAAUUGCUGUGAGACUGGACUAAUAAGUGCUAAUAAAUCGUGCUGCUGUCUGUCCUGAAACUCAACUCUAAAUCUAGACCUCCACACUCAAGACUAAAAUACAGCAACACUCAAAGAAUCAGCAUGAAUUAAUUAAAAUCUUGUACUGUCCUCAUUAAGCGUUAUGGUGUGGCAGUAGACCUGUUUCAGAUUUCAUUGGCAAGACUCUGAUACCUGUGACAACAUCGAGAACUCCUGGGAGUGGAUAUAGUUAAUCUCUCCGAAUCCCAGAAUCUCCUAAAUGCCUGAGAGAACAAGAACCAAAAAUAAGUGACAUGUCACAGGGUAUGGGUCACAUGUAAAUUAUUUCAAAACCACUUUAUGCUCGGAUUUAAGAAGAGACUAUUUUCUGCUGUAGCAUAAGUCAGGAUAUCCUAUCAGAGUCCUGUCACUCCACUUUAUUUAUUUAUAUCUUAACUUGAGACGGUUUCAACAUUUACUUUGGAAAUCUUGUCUGGGAGGGAGAAUUGUAAUAGAAGUCGUCUCAAAAUGCAGCCCGCUUGCCUCUCUAGAGGGUAGAACACUCGCCUUGUUUUGCCUGUGAUUGCGAAACUUCCAGGUAAUGAAGAUAACCUCGCCGGAAUUAAGGUUGCUGGUGUUCUUCUGUCUUCAGAAAUAGUUUUCUAGCUUCCUAAUUAAGUUAAGCAGAAAAGAUCCGACCUGUAGGUGCUCCAUUCUAUAUAACUCUAUAGUAGCCAUUUUGAAUGCUUAAUAGUUCAUGGAAACAUUGGUGCAGUUUUUAAUUACCUAAACAGAUAUUCCUUAUCUGUAUUGUGAGGAAUUACUGUUUCUGUUGUGAAGUAAUUUUUUGUCUUUUUUUCUGGAUCAUUGUUGGGAAAACUUGAUGUUACCAUAGACAUUUUUGACAAGCUAGAGGCAGGUUUUACCCAGGUGACCUUCUACACUCAUUCAAACAAGACUCAAGCUCAGAGGGGGUGUUCCAACUUGUCAUGAGUUCUGUUCUUAUGUAUAAAAUAUGCAGGUUGAUUUUUUUUUUUUU